GAGAGGGGGAGGGAGAACGAGCUUUCACUUCGUUCAAAGGCGAGCGGGCGAGGGAGAGAUAAUUUUAGCUGCUUAAUCGUUCGCUUUAUCCGUCGCAGUUUUUGGGUUUUCUCCUCUGGGGUUUGUGACAGAUUGCUGACAGCCAUUGCUUCACUGCCGCUUGGAGGCCUUAGGGUUCUUCUUUGGAGGUUGGGGUGAAUACCCGAAUAAUCUUGGGAUGGUACUUAACCGGAAGUUCAUAAGGAAGUUAGGAUCUGAUGUGGGAGCGUCUUGUUGCUGUGUGGCACCAAAAUCAGAAAUUCUGUGAAAUAUUAUGUUGAAAUUCAAAGUAUCAUGUGGUUGUUAAGGGCAAUAAAGGUUGUCGGAUUCGCAAGGUAGACCAACUAAGUCACAAGUCAGACACAUGGCUGCAUCUUACAAUUUUGUCAACAAAACCGAUACUGAAUCAACUGUAGGAAGUCUACCAUCAAUCUCUGGCUACAAUCAUGACCAGCUGACAGAGUCAGCUGCCUCCAGGGACCAUCAUGAUGGUUCCAGUGCUACAUGCAACACAUCAACCUCAAGUUUGACUUCAGCAAAUGAAUCACAUAAUUAUGCUAAUUAUGGCUACUAUCCAAAUUCCACAUAUUCCUAUGGUUAUGGCAACACAGGCUAUGAGAAUUAUUACUAUCCUUAUCAGCAGCAAGGAAAUAAUUCUUAUUCUCAGCGAGUGGGAACAUACCAAACAGGUUCAUAUCAGCCUCUUAACUCAUUUCCGAAUGCAAACACUUCUGUGGGGCCAUCAAGUUACUCAGGCACUUACUACGAUCCUGGUGUUUAUCAGACCACUGGAGAAUGUCAAAGUGGUGGCUACAGUAGUCAGAAUAGCUUGUGGAGCACGGGGACUUAUGGAAAUUACCCUUAUCCAAGCUAUGUGACACCAGACUCUAAUGGCACUCAUACUUCUAAUAGUAGUGGUGUGAGUCAGCCUCACUAUCCACAGAAUGCAUGGCCAACAAAUUAUUACACUCAAACCGUACCUGAAGUUAGCUGUGCACCUGGUACUGAAAGCACAGCAGUUACUGCUGCACCUCCCUUGAGUUCAAUUCCAGGUGCAGGUGGGUAUGCAGGCACCAACACUCAGCCCCCACCACCUGGAACUACUAUAUCAUGGAAAUCUGAAUCCAACUUCUCUGGUGCAUCUGUGCAGGAAAAUCCUGCGGUGGGUGGGAAUCAUUCUGAAAGUUGGAGGCAUGAAGCUAUCAGUUACCAAAAUCAGUUCCAUGCCAAUGCACCUUUGUACUUUCAUAGGCCUGCUGAAUCAAAUCAGAUUCAUUAUGAUGGUCAAGAUCAGCAUAAGGCUGCCUGUGCUCCAGUACCAACUUCACAGCAUACUCCUUUACAGGAGACUGCACAGGGCCUCCUUUCACCAAUACAAACAACUCCUGCAGUGGAUACACGGCGGGCAAGCAAACUCCAGAUUCCUACAAAUCCAAGAAUCACUUCAUUUUCCUUAGGCAUGCCGAAAUCUGAGAAGGAAACUAUGACAUCAGAUUCGGCAACAAGGCCUGCCUAUGUCAGUGUUUCAUUGCCAAAGAAUAGCAUUGUUACACCAACACAUGAUGCUACAGAUGCAGCACUGAAGCCUGCAACCUUUCCCCCUUCUCUUUGCUCAUAUGUUGAGAGGGCUUUGGCUCGUUGUAGGGAUGAUUCACAUAAAUUAGCCAGCCAAGAAAUAAUGAAGGAGAUGAUCACAAAAGCUUCAGCUGAUGGAACUCUUUUUACAAGGAACUGGGAUCUGGAACCACUUUUUUCUCUUCCAAAUGUAACAAACGUCACAGAAAAGGACAACUUGCAGUGCUCUCUCAAUCUUUCUACAAUAUCAAAUCUCAAAAAAAGCCCUACAAGACGCUCAAAAAGUAGGUGGGAGCCCCUUUCAGAGGAAAAACUAGUAGAAAAGCUUGCACAAGCAAAUCAUGACCAAAAGAAAGCUGUCUGGAAUGGUUUUAAGGAAAGGGAGGCAUUGGCUCCUACAGCUAAAUAUGAUCCCAGGGAGAAUGCUUGGGGUGGUACAAAGUCCUCAACUGAGCAGCAAAGCCUUCAACAGAAAAGCUUACGAAGGCCAGAAAAGAAGCAACGUGUCUUUGAAAAUACAAACUCUGCUGAGAAUGGGGAUAAUUCAAGUGAUAGUGACAAGGAGUCUGGUUUAACUGCGUAUUACUCAGGUGCUGUUGCUUUGGCAAAUUCACCUGAGGAAAAGAAGCGGCGUGAAAAUCGCUUCAAGCGCUUUGAAGCUGUUCAUGAACAUGGGCAUGUAAACAAGCAAUAUAAGCCGAAAGCUAUUGGGGCUGGAAAUUCUAUUAGCAGAAGGGCUAGUGCCCUUUUGCUUGCCAAAGGUCAUGAAGCUAGUUGUAGCAGGGCAGUGGAGGAUUUUGAUUGGGAUGCACUCACUGUGAAAGGGACCUGCCAGGAGAUUGAGAAACGCUACUUGCGUCUUACUUCUGCACCUGAUCCUGCCACUGUAAGGCCUGAAGAGGUGCUAGUGAAAGCUCUUGAAAUGGUUCAAAGCUCUCAAAAAAAUUAUCUAUACAAGUGCGAUCAAUUGAAAUCCAUCCGUCAGGAUCUCACUGUGCAGAGAAUACGAAAUGAGCUAACUGUAAAGGUGUAUGAGACUCAUGCACGAUUAGCACUUGAAGCUGGUGAUCUGCCUGAGUUUAAUCAGUGCCAAUCGCAACUUAAAGGCUUGUACGCUGAAGGAAAUUAUGGGUGCCAUCUGGAGUUUGCUGCUUAUAAUUUGCUUUGUGUUAUUUUGCAUUCAAACAACAAUAGAGACCUUUCAUCUUUGAUGUCAAGGUUAUCACCAGAAGCGAAGAAUGAUAAGGCUGUCAAACAUGCCUUAGCAGUUCGCGCAGCUGUAGCAUCUGGAAAUUAUGUUAUGUUUUUUAGGCUGUACAAGACAGCACCAAAUUUGAAUAGUUGCCUUAUGGGCCUUUACAUGGAGAAAAUGCGGUUUGAAGCUGUGAGGUGCAUGUCACGGGCAUAUCGUCCUGCAGUGCCAGUAGCAUUUGUGGCUCGAGUUCUGGGAUUUGUGGAUAUAGUGCCUGUGAAAGGUGAGGAUGCAGAUGGUUUAUCAGAAUGUGAGGAAUGGUUGAGGGCUCAUGGUGCGAGCCUUCAUGACGACCAGGGUGGGGAACUAGUGUUGGACACCAAGGCAACAGCAUCCAGCCUUUACAUGCCAGACCCAGAUGACGCAGUUGCACAUGGUGAUGCAAAUCUUGCUGUGAAUGACUUCCUCACAAGGACGUAGUGGCACUUUCUAUGAAGAUUGAUACAUCAAAACAAAUUGGUUUCACCGUCUUAACCCAGGUAGCGGGUGAAAGGUGCAAGUCUGCUAGUCGUUGGCGCAUAAGAUACUAAGCACGCGGUGAAUUUGCAGUACGCAGGUGGAUGAAGCAAUUCCGGAAAAUGGAAACUGUACUCAUUCUUGGAGACCAUGCAGCAUGCUCAUAUUAUAUGAUUUUUCAUUGGUGAAGCCGUUCAUCACAAACAGAUGGUUGGCCCUUCGAGAAUCUCAUAAUUUCAGAAAGGAAGGCUUGUAAGAUAGCGAGAGGCCGACAUUUGUAACAAACAAGUGUACAAAUAAAUAAGAUUUGGUUGGAUUCCCAUUUGUAUCCAGCCAAUUUUUGGAUAUCUAUCGUAAGAUACUAUUGAUGUAUCCAGAUCAGCUGUAUUUGCUUAACUGGUUAUCUUUCCUUGGUUGUUCUAGUAUAAUUCAAUGUUGGUGCUUGUCCGCCAAUGGGUUUUAGCUAUUUAA